AUGGAAAGGCGGUCAUCGAAGCACCGACGUUGUGCUGGUCAAGUCAUUGGUCUCGACUGCAGCUUUCGUGGUCACAAUCACCUUUGCGUCGUGCCUGGCAUCGCGUUGGCGAGAGAAAUGUUGCCCGAGCUGUCACCUCCUAUACUCGAGCGCUCGCUCCUCGAAAGCGGCUACACGCGCGAGAGCGGUCAAACCAACCACCAGAACACGCCCGAGUAUCCCCGGAAGAGCGACUCCAAUAGUCUCGAUAGCCAGCAUAUCAUGACCAAGUAUGAGGAGCUCAUCAAUCCGUGCGUCCUCAGUUGGAACAACCUCAGCUACGCCGUGGAAGGGAAAGCGACGGGCAAGACUUUGUCCAGCAAACAUGUUAUUCUUGACAAAGUCAGUGGCCGCAGUGCGCCUGGUGAACUUACUGCUAUCAUGGGCCCCUCUGGAUCGGGGAAGACGACGCUUGUUGACUUAUUAGCUGAUCGUAUCAGCUCUGGCCAAGUGAUGGGAACGAUCGAGUUGAACGGCCUUGAACGAGAGACCAAGAUGCUUCGGGCUGUGACGAGCUACGUGGCUCAAACUGACACGCUUCUGGGUUCGUUCACAGUCGCAGAGACCAUGAUGAUGGCGGCGAGACUUAGUCUGCCGAAUUGUGUGGUAAUGAUGGACGUCCACUCUCGAGUGGAAAGUAUCAUGGACGCUAUGGGACUCGGUGCAUGCAGCAACACUCUGGUCGGGGACAUCUUUCGCAAGGGUCUUUCAGGCGGUCAAAAGCGGCGCCUCAGUAUCGCCAUUGAGCUGCUGUCAAAUCCGAGCGUCUUGAUUCUCGACGAACCUACCAGCGGUCUCGACUCCAGCUCAGCGAACAACGUCAUGAAGUACAUUUUGAAGCUGUGCAGGGAGGGCAAGACUGUCGUAUGCACGAUCCACCAGCCGUCGUCGCUCGUUUACGACAUGUUUACGAACGUGAUUGUGCUAUCGCAAGGUCGAACAGUGUACGGCGGGUCUCGCUAUAACAUGAUUCAGCACUUUGCUUCAAUUGGAUUCUCUUGCCCGACAUACACGAACCCGGCCGAGUAUUUCAUUGGUCUCGUGAACACGGAUUUCGACGAACAUGUCGACGUACAAAAGCUUGUGCAUGCCUACGACCAGAGCCACGUGAAGAAAGAGCUGACGGAUCAACUUGUUGCAGAUCGAUCAGCUUUGCAAAACCUGCCGGACAUUGAGUUAAUGUCACCCUCAGCGCUGCGGCAGUUCAGUGUGCUCAUGUACCGCAACACGUUGAACAACAUCCGGAACCCGGGCAUCUACUGGAUCCGACUUUUCAUGUACUUUUGUCUGAGCUUCAUGGUCGGCACCAUGUACCUGAGCACGAACAACGAUCUGAGUGCAGACGACCUCGUGCCAAUGCUGUUCUACGUGCAGGCGUUCCUGGUGUUCAUGUCCGUGGCCGUCCUCCCGUUUUUCAUCGAGCAGCGGGCUGUCUUCGCUCGGGAGCGCGCCAACAGUUCGCUCAGUGUCGUGAGCUACGUGUGCGCCAACUUCUUGGCGACGUUGCCAGGUAUCUUCUUGAUUGCGGUCAUGUCGACGGCAUUGGUCGUGCUGCUCGCCGAUUUGAACGCGAUCGAGUACUUUUUGCUGAAUCUGUUCUUGUCUCUCGUGGUGGCCGAGUCCAUGAUGCACGUGAUUGGAGCUGCAGUCCCUCACUAUAUCAUUGGCAUCGCACUGGGAGCCGGUGUGUUUGGGAUGUUCAUGCUGUGCGAGGGCUUCAUGGUGCCUCGCGAGUCGAUCCCGGGCUACUGGAUCUGGGGAUACUACGUGGCGUUCCACUCGUACUCGUUCGAGUCGUUCGUGUUCAAGCAAUUUGAGCACGAGACGUCGGAUGAAGCAAAGGCGAUUUUGACGAAGUACGGCAUGGAGAACGUGGAUGUUACGAGGGACAUGUUGAUUUUGGUGGGAUACGUCGUCAUCUUCCAGAUUAUGUAUAUGGCCAUCCUGUGGAAAUUUCACACCGGGCGUUGCUGA